UAAUUUUUGUACAUAGUAUGUCCAAAACUGUCUUCUUGCUUAAUUAGUUUUUUCUGAUAUUUUAUAUUUUUUGUGAGCACGUAAAAAUAAUUCAAAAUUGAUUUUACAAGAGGGCGAAUGAGCAGCGCCUCUAUGGCGGCUUGCUUCAACUACGAGAAUUCGCCGAAACAAACAAAUAAAGGCGACAAGAAGGAUAAUAAUCUGAAUAUUAUGGACGCUGUAGCAAUGCACCGACCGCAGUCUGCUUCAUCACGUCAAGAUGAAGAGCUAAUGCAGAAGAGUACAAGAGCUCUUUCCUCAACUACUGACCCUCUAGAGAAGUUGAGGCUGAUGUGCCUGUCACGUGGUGCUGUCGGCAUUCUGGGCCUGGGAAGAGUAUUCCGUCGUAUGGACGAUGAUGGCAGCAAGCAGUUGAAUAAAGAUGAAUUUAUCAACGGUAUCAGAAAGUCGGGUGUUGAAUUAUCAAACGAGGAUGCAGAGGAAUUAUUCGAGCGAUUCGAUACGGACAAGAGUGGUUCUGUCAGCUUGGACGAGUUUCUCAUGAAAAUAAGGCCGCCGAUGUCAGAAUCCCGCCGAGCUAUUAUUGAGCAAGCAUUUAAGAAACUGGACAAGUCUGGUGACGGAUUGAUCACGGUUGCCGAUAUUCGCAAUGUUUAUUCUGUGAAUUCACAUCCAAGAUAUAUGAGCGGGGAAGAGACAGCUGAUCAAGUUUUGACCAAGUUCCUCGGUAAUUUUGAAACUGAAGGCACCGCGGAUGGCAGAGUAACGCUUGAAGAGUUUAUGAACUACUACAGUGCUAUCGGCGUCUCUAUUGAUAACGAUUGCUAUUUUGACCUCAUGAUGCGUCAAGCUUACAAGUUGUAAGCUUUUCUCUUUCCUUUUAUACUGUUAUGAUAGAGAGAAAUUCAAACCUAUACGUAUAAAGCUUAAUAUUUGUAAUGUGUGUAGUAAUAUAUAACAGUGAUUUUUUUCGUAAGUUGUUUUAAUUUAUACCAAUGGUUAAUAAUUUGUUUGACAUUCGCGGUUUGAAUUUUUAAAUCGAUGAUUUUUAUACCGUAAUAAAAUUCGAGUUUGUAGCUUACAAAUUUGUUUAUAGAUACGUAUAGAUGUAUACAUUUUAUAAGCACCUUUCGUAAUAAGUUAACUAAUAACAAUUGUAUUUUAUUAAAUUAUGUUUGUGUGAUAACUUCAAUAAAGAUUUUAAUUUUAAA